AUGCCACAGGAGUGUCUAUUCUACACCGGCGAUCUCGCUGAGGACCAGCACUACUGCUCCGCCGUAUGCGACCCUUCGCCGUGCGAGGAGGGCGAGCAGUGCCACCUCACGCCCGAGAGCUGCGCGGCCGGGUCCAUCUGCGGGAACGGGUUCCUCUGCGCCCCUGCCGCAAACGCAACCCUGCAGGAAGAAGAUCCGUGCGCCCCCUGCGGAGAGUUUCAGGACUGUCGCGUUUACGCUAACGGCGCCUUCGCCGAGUAUUACUGCGCCGACGUGUGCGACCCCAGCCCGUGCGAGGGCAGCAAGGACAAGUGCUCGCUGGUGGAGCAGGGAGACGACUGCGACGCGGCGACGUCUGCGUGCCCACCGUUGGCGACGUGCGCGUCCGCGGCCGUGGCGGCGGCGGAGGAGGAGCGGGCGGACCCCGCGGAACAAACAACGGAGGUAAUUCUUAUUGGUGGUUAAGUGAAUUUUUUCAUUUUUUGUUUUUGCCGUCGUUGUUGGGCGUCUCGCCUCUCUUGUGCACUCUUUUGCUUUGCCUCGCUCGGCGUUGUGGGUGUGGGUGUGCGGCGCGUCCAUGGCCUUGUGCCUGGACUCUCAAACUCGAGUCCCACCGCCGUUCUCUUCACCGCCCUCCCCUCGUCGCACACACACCCCGACGAAAGGCGAACUCCAGACUAGGCUCAUCAUCGGCGAAUUGAUCUCCCGUCGGAGGCGGCGGCGGCUUCGACUGCGGCCACCCAUGCCGGCGAUAAGCGGAGGCUCGACCAUGGCGUUCGCUUGCUCUGCGGAACCACGCCAAGGCUUGUCGAACAGGGCAAAACGGUCGAGUUUUCGUCGCUCCCAUGUACAACUGUUGUCGGAUAUACGAGGUUGUGAAAUUACGGCCGGAGGGACAAGGGGGGCGGGCGAUGGGGAAUAUGGAUUCCCGGUAUCUUGGAAAGGGCGCAGUCGAUUGUGGGGUGCACUGCUGCGGUCUUUUCGCGGCCAUCCAGUGGAACACGUCUUUUUCCGGUGUGUUGUUUUGUAUUUGGAGAAAUAUCUCUCCAAAGGGUGAAUGGUGUCUUGAGGCAUUGUGAUAAGCGUGUGUCUGACCAUGUUUUACAACGUUUUCUGAUUUUGAUUUUUACGUUAAGUGUUAAUUGUAUGCUAGCACGAGCAAGAAAAAACGAGGUCCGUGCGUGUGCUUGGUUCUUUCGUUCUUUUGCCUUGCCGUCCCAUCUAGUCUGGGCGUCGGUCUACUACACCUUUCGUUACAUAUUUGACGCAUCAGCGGGGCCACACAAGAAGUUAACACUUUUUUUUUUCUCUCCACCUUCCCCCUUGCCAUAUCUUGCCUUCCGACUUUUAACGCGAGAAGCGUCAGCAGAUUCUGUCCUUAUGUAGUGUUUUCUCCCGACUACUGUGCGCUUUCCGCGCGCAUGUUGCGAUUUUUUUCCACUGCAAGAGAGCUUCGAAUCCGCAAUCUAAAUAGAGAGUCUGAGUUGGGAGGGUACAUCAACUGAUUCGCCGGGACGACCAUAAUGGUAGGAGUAUAAUAGUUUACUCGUUUGCGAGCGGCGUGUUGUUUUGUAUCCAUCCUUGUGGCAGGCCAGACUAGUGUAGCGAAUGGUCUAGAGUAGCAAAUAGUGACCCCACAACUCUGCUGGGAUGCACUGUCCAGCGGGACAUGCGCCCCGUUCGGAGCAAACUACGCGAUAUAGGCCCAUCUCCGCGAAAAGUGCGGAUUUUCUUGUUUGAGAGUUGAUGGUUUUGUGCUCGUGUGACGCACGCGAGCGCGUGGUCCUCGCGUAUUCCCGAGUUGUUUUUGUGUACUCAGCAUUCGUUACGAUCGCCAUGGUCAUGGACUCUCAAGCGGCCUAUGGGGGGGGGGGGGGGGGGGGGGGGGGGGGGGGGGGGGGGGGGGGGGGGGGGGGGGGGGGGGGGGGGGGGGGAGGUGCACGAAGCAGUCAGAGUUGGUUGGGUUUGCCCAGGAUCGUGCGCGUGCAGUCGUUUCGGCCAGGCCUGAUGAGCUGAAUCUUCAAGAUCACGCGGUCUGCAUUAUGUGCGAUGUGGUAGGGCCGGGGGGAGGGGAGGGCGUGACAUUUGCAUCGAGCCUUACCCGACUGUUGAGAGAUAGACGUGUGGGCGAGCAUGGGCUGGUGCAGGUCGGUAAUUUGUUGGGCGUUAUCGGCCAGGUGAUGGAGCAAGACACGAUUGUGUCGAGAAGCGAAUCUUGUGGUUUUCAUCGCGGAGGAAGAUGACAGUCUACAUAAUGCUGACAGAGAGAGCUGUUGUGGUUUACUUGAACGUUAACCCAGUGUGUGUGCGU